AUGAGGAUGGUGACUAGUGAGAAGGGAUGGUCGGAGAUGGGAUCCGGCGAGUGGAGGUCAUCGAAAUUUGUUGUGGGAAGGAUCUGUUGUCUUGUUGACGGUGGAGAUCUCAUUGCUUCUGUUGAACUGUGGUUUCAAGAGAGGAAGAUGGACAAAUUUCCAGCAAUGGACCGAUUCUUGAGGAUUUUCGACAAAGGUAGAGAAAUAACAUUAACAAGAACAUGGGAAGUGUCUGGAUAUACUCGAUUACCCACCACUUCUUAA